UGUUUUCUCACCUUUGGAGGUGGUAUAUAAAAACGUGUGGGUCGCUAUGCCGUCAGUUCAAACGUUUAAGAGCGAGCACGCGACCAACUACCCAGUAACAAAUAAUAACAAUAACAAUGAAGAUGCGCAGCUGUCAAUUAUUGUUAACAUUGCUAGUGACGCUGCUCUGCAUUGAAGGCCUGCUGGCCGCUUGCGUCUGCUCGGAGAAGGGCACGGAUUACUGCCAGAGCUGCCAGGGCUCGACCAUAGUGCGUCCCAAGCCGCGCUACUAUGAGACCAGCGAGGUGAACCUAGCGCCCAUUGGCGACAAUUGCUGGUGCAGCAAGCAGUUGAUUGAACCCGCUCAACUGCCCAAGACCUGCGGCAAAAAGCCGCCAUGCAAGCCCAGCUGUAGCUGCAGCAAGUGCAGCGGAGAUAACAGCUACGACAGCUCCAUCAUCAGUUCCAGCUACAACAAAAUCGGUUAUGCUGCCGAGAAGCAACAGGAUGAGAGCCCUGCUGCUGACCCGAUCAGCGUCAGCUUGGCUGCACAAGCUGGCAAGGCCAUCAAUGUGCCUGAGGCCAAGCUGGCUUAUGGCUUUGCCCAAAAACCCGUUGAUGGACAGCAAAAGGUCUUCUUCUCCAAUGUGCCCGAAGAGAACUUGUUCAAGCUCAAGAGUGAGGUGAUUACACUCAAGAAGCGCAACUAUGCCAAGCCACAGGAAGAGGAGGAGGACUACGUUGAAGAGGAGGAGGAGCAAGCAAGCGAUGAUGAUGAUGCGCCACCGCAGUUGACAUACAAGCAACUGGGCUACGCUACCGAACAGUUCAAGAACCCCAAAUUCAAAAAAGUCAGCGCCAAAAAGUCAAGCUACAGCACCUGCAGCACAGAAAGUGAUGGCUACGGCAAGGUGGCUGGCAAAGUGUCUGUCGAUUGUGGCUUCAAGCCUGGACGCAUAACAUCCUAUCGCAAUGCGCGUCGUCAGGAGCUGGACGAGGGCAGCUACUAAAGUAUCGCAAGCUACUUUGUAUAUA